CGGACACCUAUCGCUAGCGGCACGAACGUGACCAACCAACCAACCAAAUUAUUUUACAGUGAGCCGAUUGGAUCCAGGCACGUCCCACGUCACGACGGCAUCCGUCCAUGAGUCACGGCGAUCGGAGUUCUCCGCUGGAACCGGAGCAAACGAUGCCGUCCGGGACGAUCGAGAUUGCGCGUCUGCAACGAGUCCUGAAUCGCGACGUGCGACGCGAAGUCGAGGCGGCCUGGGAUGCGCAGCGACGUUUGGCCCGGUGGGCCUGGGCGGAUCCUCCUAGUCUACUCCGACAACGACAACGGCGGUCCGUCACGGAAACUACGAACGCAUCCCAUUCAAUCAAUGUGGACGAGAAAAAUAUCGUCGAAUUGUCCAGGGAACAACUCUUGCCUGUAUCAAUUCCGAACAGUUUUCAACCGUCCGUGUUGGAACCGACCUCAACGCCAUCCUUACCACACGUACCGUCAGAUCCGAGAGAGUCGAACCAGACGCCAAUUCAUCCCGUUACAGAACCCAAUGGCGUAGUUUUGGAGGAGGAACAAGUGGCUGUCAACGUGCAAGCCGUAGGUACCCAGGGCGUCAUCGCAUCGCACACGGACGAUAACAGUACAGCCAACUACAACGACAUUACUGUCACCGACGAACGUGUACGCACCGAAGUUUCCUCUGCCGCACUGUUGGACGAGGAACAAGUUACAGUGCACGAGGAAGCCACUGACAACCACGGCGGAAUCACCGUCGGCAACGAUACAGCUACGGUCAACAAUGAGACCACACGCAAUGAACAAUGUAAAAAUACCGAUGGAGACGCACCCAAUGACGACACUCUAGCGUACGAGGAAACGAUUACGCACAACGAAGCAAUGUCCACAGAGGUCGCUUCCUCCGUCGAUCAAGAUACUGCCAGCGACGAAAGCGUAGACCGGAACGGCGGAACUACAGAUGUUGAUAAAGCCGGAGUUCUCGAAACUGUCACAGUCCAAGAAGUCGAAACUGCAGCCGAAAAUGAAGCCAAGUCCAAACGCUACUGCUACCGCUGA